AUGACCUGCGCGACCGAGACGCACAACCAGGAGGUACGGACCGAUAUUUACAGGAAAAAAAAGGUCCCCAUCCUGCCAUGUCCGCCCGUCGUUCUGACGCCCAAUACCGAUGCAACCGCUUCGAUGUCCGUCGUGCCUUUCCCGCCGUCCGCCCUCCGAGGAAAUAAGCGAGGAAGUCGAGUGGCCUUCUUCGCCACCUUCUCCGCCCCCUUCUCCGCCACCUUCUCCCUUUACCGGCUCCGGCACCUCGACUGGCGCCGUCCUCCAGGAGGCCCGCUUGUAAGGCUGGCUCUGCAACGGCUCCUCCAGCGCCCGCUUCUUCCCCUUGGCAUUGCUGCCUACGACCCCGCUGAGGCUCUGCUCCUCGGUGGAGAUGACGAGCGUCCAAGGCGAAGACAGGCGCGGCCGCCGCGUCCCCCUCCUUUUCGCCGCUGGCCGGGCUGA